AAAUACAAUCAUGGCUUUGAAGCUGCCUUUGCUGAGAAGGCUCUCAAGGUCGGUGAAGCUCUCACUAGCAUUCCCAUCUUCAAAUUCUUACUCUUUGGUCCAUGGGACCCGGCUUCUUCCUUUAAAGGCGUCGCAAAUUCUGGGUUUCUUUGAGAAUCUUCAUCUGCCUCCUUCUUCAACUCCUUCCCGAAGCUUUUGCUCUCGCAGUUUGAAUGUUGAAGGCCCCACUGCUAUUGAUUACCGUUCUAUACUGCAGGAGGAUGAAUUUCACAAACUGGCAGAUACUACAAUACAUGAACUACAAGAGAAACUCGAGGUUUAUGGAGAUUCCGUUGAAGUUGAUGGAUUUGACAUUGACUAUGGGAAUGAUGUGUUGACUGUAAAACUGGGGGACCUGGGCACCUAUGUGUUAAACAAACAAACACCAAAUAGACAAAUAUGGCUGUCUUCUCCCAUCAGUGGUCCAUCUAGGUUUGAUUGGGAUCAAGAAGCUAGAGCUUGGAUUUAUAGGCGGAACAAAGCAAGGUUGUACAAAGUUUUAGAAGACGAAUUUGGGCAGUUGUGUGGCAAACCCAUAGUUCUUUCCUAGCUGUCGGGAAAGAUUCCCUUCAAUCUGAGUUUCAUUUAUGAAAAAGAAAUCAGUGAUGAUGAAUUUUGACGUUCAUGUGUACUUUUAGCCUCUCUUUUCGCCUUUACACCUUUUUAUUUCAUUGUAUUAAUAACACUGAUUUGGAGAAGUCGAGUGUACCAUCUAAAUAAUAAUCUCCACAAGAAAUUCAGGCGUAA